AGAGACUAUAUCAGUAAAGAUAUAUUCUGUGGCCCCAUAGGUUAUAUUAUUCUAAGUCGAUAGGAUAUAUUUUUCUAUGAUCGAUAGGUUAUAUUAUUCUAUGUAUUGCGCUCUGUAGCGUUGCUAUCAAUAUAUUGAACGAAAAUUGGAUAUUAUAUUAAGUGAAGAGAAUCUUAAAGAAUCGAAUCACUGUCUUAAUAUGGCUGAUUAUAAUGAACAAAUUGAAAAUUUGAUUACCGGCGUUUCACAGAUUUGUAUUCAUGUCAAAUAUGAAUUCUUUCCAAGAUGUGAAUAUAAAACGAGGUUUAACGAAACUAGUGCAUUUACCAUGCAAGAUCCGGAUUAUUGGGGUACAUAUUUCCGAUCAACAACUUCAGGCGGUAAUUUUGAUAGAAUUUCCAAACUGAAGGGAUCUAGCAAAACAUAUAAAAAUACUAAGAUAAACAAACCUACAAUUUCACCAAAAAAAAACUUAGAAAACGUUCCUGCAUCUAAAUCUGGUUGUUAUAAAAGUCAAUGGAAUUAUGUGAUGAGGAACUAACUAAGCAUAAUACAGAAGUUGAAAAUUAUAAUAAAAAGAAGAAAGUUGAAAAUAAGAAAAAGAAUUGUGUUAAAAAUUGGAAAAAAGAUGACAGUCUAUUUGAAGUACUUUGUGCAAUCGGAAAUGCACGAGGAGAUAUGGUUUCUUGUGAAAUUACAAGAGCGAAGAAGUACGUUGACUUACUAACUGAUUUUGUCCAUGAAUAUUUGCUAACUUCAAAUCAAGAAAACAUAUAUAAAAAAGAUUUUUCUAUACCCUUAAGAGAGAUGCUAAAAAAAUUAACUUAUAGAGAGAUUGAAAAAGAUUUAAGAGCAACUUUAAAUGACAAUGACUAUACUAAGAGUAAAUUUGAAUUUCAUAAUACAGAAAAUAAAAAUAUUAAAAAUGAGAGUGAAAACAACUUUUGGCAAAUUAUAAAGGAUAUCUUAGAAUUGUUUGGAAGUUUAGAUAUUGAAAAUUUAUCUGCUACUAUUGACAGUAAGAAAAUCAAGAGUAUAUGCCAGAAUUUAACUGCUGCUGUUAAUAAGAAGAAGAUCAAGGGUAUAUAUCGUCUUAUUGAGGAGGCAAAUUUAGAAUUUAUAAGACACGUAGGGUAUGCAGGGGCUCAGACAAACAGAAGCCUAAAAAGCGUGGAUGUGGAAGAUGAUUAUGGAAGUGAUAGUGAUUGUGAAGUUAUUGAUGAACGUGAAGGUAAUACAUUUUACACCAAGAAAAUAACAGUAGCUACCGGUAUGAGAGCAAUCAAUGUAAUGAUUUUUACAAUUAAAUCAAUACUCAAAUACUCCAAGAAUGAUAAAGAAAAAAAAAUUAAUACAAAAUUUAGUUAUUAUGAAACGAGUGAAGUAGAAAAAUAUAUACAAAAAAAUCGUCAAUUAUUAGGAAAUUUAUUUCCUGAUUGUGUAGACCCAAGAACUCUUAAGUGCAUCGACUUAAAUCACAGUUGCUCCGGAGGUCCUAAUACUGAACAAAAUAAUGACACAGAUAGAGUAGUAAUGUUGGAUUACACUAGUGCUACAACUGAAAAAAUUAGUAACGCUAUUCGAUCAUUUAUUAAAAGAGAGCCAGUAUUGCUAUUAGCAAGUAGUGGAAUGAAAAAUGAGCAAGUCGGUGCUGACAUGAACCCUUACGGUACAGUUAGAAUUAUUGCAAAAGAUUUUAUUAUUCUUAAUCUUAUAUAUAAUAUAAUAAGAUAUAGUCUAAGCGAAGAAGAUAAAUUACCACAGGAAUUACAUAAUAUUAGAAAAGCUUAUAAAAAUUGUGGAGCUGUUGUAACUAAUGCCGCAAUUUAUACCAAAGAAAGAAAAUUCAGUGUCGGCAAGUAUAUAAAAGAGGACAAAAUUAAAAAAUACACUAAAGACAAAGGAGACAAAAUGAUUUCCUUUAUAAGUAAUCCUUUAUGAGCAAAAUUUUUAUACCAUAUAUAUGAAAUAUAUCAAGGUAUACUAAGUU